UUACAUGACUCCAGAAGAUUUUGUGCAGAAAUACCUAGGACUUUAUACAGAUCCACGUUAUAAUCCUAAAACAGUACAGCUGUUGGCUGGAGUGGCAGAUCAAACUAAAGAUGGAUUGAAAUAAGUCUAACUGAUGACUACUAAACCAACAUGUUGAGUGUCUUGUUUCUCUGAAAGCUGUUGGUUAUCUUUUAGGGUGUUCGUUUCUUCAGAAAUUUUUUUUAUAAAAGGACCUUUUUUACAGUAAGAAGUCAAUAAUUUGUUUUAUUGCUACAACAGAACACGACAAUGAGGCAUCGCUUUUUUGUUGUUUACUCUGUGAAUAUAAGUAUUUUUGUUUUGUUUUUUAAUCUGAGUAAUGUUGGAAGUGAGGUAAUCAGAUACGGGCACUGUUAAAGGGAGACCUCUGAAGAAUGGCUUCUUUCAGGUUCAGGCUUCUACGAAUGCAUUCUGCAGAGAUCAUCACUUGAUUCUGUCUGUUAUAAAGCUUCCUGGUUAGGAAUUAAUGCCAGGUUUACGCCUUUAUCGUUCCAGAGAUGUCGUGAGAGCCCUAUCUGGUGAUACUGCUGCUUCCUCAUCUCGCACAGAAAAGCUCCCCUGAUGCAUCCUGAGUUGCGUUUUUCUGUAUGGUUGAUUUCCUAUCAAGAAUUUUUGGCAUUUGAAUCUGUUUUGUGUACUCCAGAUGCAAUAUUCAUUGUUGCUUUUCAGUUAUUUGACAAGACUGGCAAUGGAGAAGUAACAUUUGCAAAUGUCAAAGAAAUAUUUGAACAAAGUACUAUACAUCUUCAAAUCCCCUUCAACUGGGACUGUGAAUUCAUUCGACUGCAUUUUGGACAUAACAGGAAGAAGCAUCUUAACUAUUCAGAGUUCACUCAGUUUUUGCAGGAGCUGCAGUCAGAACAUGCAAGACAAGCCUUUGCAAUGAAGGACAAAAAUAAAAGUGGUACAAUUACUGGGCUGGACUUCAGUGAAAUCAUGGUUACCCUUCGCUCACAUAUGCUAACUCCGUUUGUGGAAGAAAAUUUAGUUUCAGUAGCUGGUGGAACUGUUUCACAUCAGGUCAGCUUCUCCUACUUCAAUGCAUUUAAUGCCCUUUUGAAUAACAUGGAUCUCGUUAGGAAGAUAUACAGCAAUAUAGCAGGUGUAAGAAAAGAUGUUGAAGUCACAAAAGAGGAAUUUACCCACUCUGCAAUCCGAUUUGGACAAGUUACACCACUGGAAAUAGAUAUUCUCUACCAACUUACAGAUUUAUACAGUGUUACUGGGCGCUUAACUUUGGCAGAUAUUGAGAGAAUAGCACCGCUGGCUGAAGGUGCGUUACCUUACAACUUGGCAGAACUCCAGAAACAGCAAUCUUACGGAGAGUUAGGCAGGCCUAUCUGGCUCCAGGUAGCUGAGUCAGCUUACAGGUUCACUUUGGGCUCAAUUGCUGGAGCUGUUGGUGCUACGGCAGUAUAUCCCAUAGACCUGGUGAAGACUCGUAUGCAGAAUCAGCGUUCCACUGGUUCAGUCGUAGGAGAGUUGAUGUAUAAAAACAGCUUUGACUGCUUUAAAAAGGUUUUGCGUUUUGAAGGCUUUUUUGGUCUUUACAGAGGCUUGUUACCACAGCUGAUAGGUGUUGCUCCAGAAAAGGCUAUUAAGCUAACUGUUAAUGACUUUGUCAGAGACAAAUUCACUAAGAAAGAUGGUUCCAUUCCACUCCCUGCAGAGAUCCUUGCUGGAGGCUGUGCAGGAGCUUCUCAGGUCAUCUUCACUAAUCCGCUGGAGAUUGUAAAGAUUCGGUUGCAGGUAGCAGGAGAAAUUACUACAGGACCCAGAGUCAGUGCCCUCUCUGUUAUUAAAGAUUUAGGUCUUCUUGGUCUUUAUAAGGGUGCCAAAGCAUGUUUCCUCAGAGACAUUCCCUUUUCUGCAAUCUACUUUCCUGUUUAUGCUCAUAGUAAACUGAUGCUUGCUGAUGAAAAUGGCCAUGUGGGAGGGCUUAAUCUCCUUGCAGCUGGAGCCAUUGCAGGUGUGCCUGCUGCUUCUUUGGUAACCCCUGCUGAUGUCAUCAAGACAAGACUGCAAGUGGCAGCUCGCGCUGGUCAGACAACAUACAGUGGAGUUAUUGACUGUUUUGGAAAGAUUCUAAGGGAAGAAGGCCCUUCGGCUUUUUGGAAGGGAGCUGGAGCUCGCGUGUUCAGAUCUUCGCCCCAGUUUGGUGUUACUUUGGUCACAUACGAGCUUCUGCAGAGAUGGUUUUAUGUCGAUUUUGGAGGCCUCAAGCCUUCUGGAUCAGAACCUACACCAAAAACUCGAAUUUCAGAUCUUCCCCCUGUUAACCCUGAGCACAUAGGUGGAUACAGACUUGCUACAGCUACGUUUGCUGGUAUAGAAAAUAAAUUUGGUUUAUAUCUUCCAAAGUUUCGGUCUCCUGGCACUGCCUCAAUCAAAAAGCCAGCAGCUGAAUCCUGAAGACAUCUUUCAGCCUAACGAAGUGAUGCAGUGCUAAAAAUUCACAAGAGUAGUACUGUAUUUUUUUCCAGUCAGCUGCAUGUUGUUCUAGUUGAACUGAGCUUGCGCAUUAAAUUACUCCUUUCUAAUAUUAAUAUAUACACAUGCAUUUAUUUGUUUAUGAACUAGUCAUUUGCACACAAACUGAUUGAAGCAGUGGUUCUAUGCCUUAUUUUUAACCGGUGGCAUGAAUCGUUAAGACUAGACUUUGCCUUGCACAGCUUGCAUUUAAUGUUACUGUACAUAUUGUACAUCUUUGUACAGAGACAUCAUGGCAUCUAUACACGUACAUUUAUAUAAGGGGUAGUGCAGUUCAAAAUAGGUUGAAAUGUACAGAAUGUUUUGAAAGCUUUUUGUUAAGACUCAUGUGACAAUAAAACAUUUAAAAACA